AUGGUCGAACCCAGCGAACAGAGGACCACCAGGAACAAAAGAACCCAGUGCAGCGCAACGAUCGAGAUUGUUCCGUCUGGCGACAUAAUCCUCAUCGUAGGACCGAUGCAGUUACGGUUGCGCGUCUUCUCACAAGUCCUCAAGAUCGCCUCAAAGCCCUUCUCUUUGAUGCUUUCACCAGCCUGGAACCUACGACAGGACUUGAUUGGUACUAUGGGUAAGAUGCCAUCCUACUCACUGCCGGAAGACAACGCUAUUGUAAUGAAGCACACCUGUGCUGUCAUCCAUCAUCAGAAAGAUAUGUCACCUCAGAACUUGGGCUUACAGGAACUCUUUGAUAUUUCGACCACUGCCAUUAAAUAUAUGACUUGCUUGAUGCCUUGGAACUUGCAAGCAAAUCAUGGCUAG